UGAAUGGAAUGACAACACAGUGACACGAAAUUAUUCCAAAAGAUUAUCGAAAGUCAUCAGCGAGGAUUGUACUUUGCGUGUUUUCAAUUUUGUGAUUAUUAUUUGUGUGUGCAAUUUGUUAACCGCGAAUUGGCCCCGAAUUGCUCUGACGAUUCGAUAAAGUGGAAUUCAAAUGUGUUUCUGUUUGUUAGUUGGAUUGAAGUGUUUGUACGGCUCGGUGAUGGACUAUUUUCUGAAACUAUUCGGUGGCAGAUCAGUGAACACAACUGUCGAUUGCAAACCAACAAUGCCAAUUGUGUCGAUUGCAAUCAACGAUUCGUUCCAUGCGGAAAGCUCACUGUAUCGCCUGAAUCGGAAGACGACACUGCAUAUAGUUCCCGGUGCCUCGUUACUCGGCCGACGUGUGGCAUUGUAUUGCAAUGUUCCGGUUACCGACAAGGGUGAGUUCAUUCGACUGCAGUACGUUCACUUGAACUGGUUCAAUCGGCACGGAAAGAAAUUGACCGACGAAUACCAUCCGCACACUGAGAUCAAGGAACUGGACGUUUACUGUGAAAUCGAGAUAAGGCGCGCCGGAUCCUUUCACUUCUACUUCACCUACGACGGAAGUGAUUCAACGACACCGCAAGGUUCAUUUUACAUUCAAAUCGAACCGAACAUAACUGUCGGAGCCGAUGGAAGCAGUCAAGUGAUACCGCUGGAUGCGAUUCGUUGUCAGACUGUGCUGUCCAAGUGCUUGGGACCCUUAUCGAGCUGGGACAGUAAAUUGAUCGUUUCAAAGAAUUCCGGCUACAAUGUGAUCCACUUUACGCCGGUUCAGGAACUCGGAGCAUCCCGAUCCGGUUACUCAAUCGCCAAUCAACAUCGCGUCAAUCCGGAAUUCUCCGACGUCUCAAAAUCGAAUGCUAAAACCGCGCCAGGUCCAACGUUCGACGAUCUGGAAAAAGUCAUCAAACGGAUGCGAGCCAACUGGGGCAUUGCAUCCAUCUGCGAUAUCGUUCUGAACCACACGGCCAACGAAUCUGAAUGGAUCCACGAUCAUCCGGAAGCGGCUUAUUCGUGCUUCACGUGUCCAUACUUGCGACCAGCCUUCCUGUUGGACGCGUUGCUGGCACAAGUGACUGUUGACACAAAGGCCGGCCUAUUGGAAACCGUCGGCGUACCACAGAUAGUCGAAACGGAAGAUCAUCUGCAGGCGUUGAAGUAUCAAUUGCACACGGUUUAUUUGCCGAAAGUGCGGCUGUGGGAGUUCUAUCAGGUGGACGUGGAGAAGUAUUUUCAAAAGUUUUACGAAAAGAUGCAGAAUAGUUCGCCACCAACUGCGCAUACAAGGCAAGCGAGUCCAACCGAAAUCACGCUGUUACAAGAUCCGGAAUACCGUCGGCUGGGAUGUACAAUCGACUUUGAUGCGGCCUAUGCAAAAUACAAUGUGUUCAGCCCCGAUGUGUUCGACGAAGAUUCCCGCUUAAGAAAAUGCGCAGCUGCCUUCCGUAACAAAUUGGAACAACUGAAUGAAGUGGCUCGUAACGAGAUCAAUGAUUACCUAAACUAUGCUGUAGAGAACUGUCUCGCAUCAAUACGAUACGAAAGAGUUGAACCAUUCGGACCCAAGGUGAAGGAAAUCUCGUUGCAGUAUCCAUUGCUCAGCGUUUACUUCACCGAUGGUGGAAUGAAGGGAGUCGCUCCAUUGACGGACAUCGAACCGGCCAUGUACACGGAUAAGGGGAAAUAUUUCAUGGCUCACAACGGCUGGGUAAUGAAUGCCGAUCCAUUGUUGGAUUUUGCCGCACAGCAACCGGGACGUGGAAAUGUUUACUUAAAGAGGGAACUGAUCUCGUGGGGUGAUUCGAUUAAAUUGAGAUUCGGUGAAAAGCCGGCUGAUUCACCGUACCUGUGGAAUUACAUGAAAGAGUAUGUGGCAACCACUGCCAAGAUAUUCGAUGGCGUUCGGUUGGACAACUGUCAUUCGACACCAUUGCAUGUGGCCGAAUAUUUGCUCGAUUGUGCACGAGAGGUUAAUCCGGAGUUGUAUGUGGUGGCCGAACUGUUCACCAAUUCGGAUCAAACGGAUAAUAUUUUCGUGAAUCGUUUGGGAAUAACGUCGCUGAUCAGAGAGGCACAAUCUGCAUGGGAUAGUCAUGAAGAGGGUCGACUAGUUUAUCGUUAUGGCGGUGCUCCAGUUGGCGCAUUUUACAAUUCAGUGGAACGACCACUGGCACCGACCAUUGCUCAUGCACUAUUUUUGGACAUCACGCACGAUAAUCCGUCUCCGAUUGAAAAGCGAUCCGUUUUCGAUCUACUUCCGUCUGCUGCUUUAGUUUCGAUGGCGUGUUGUGCUACAGGCAGUACACGAGGCUAUGAUGAGCUUGUGCCGCACCAUAUUCAUGUGGUCAACGAGGAACGACAGUAUCAGGAGUGGAACAAAGGUGUCGACGCUAAAAGCGGUAUCAUAGCUGCCAAACGGGCGAUAAAUAUUUUGCAUGGAAAUUUGGUCCAGGAAGGCCUGAACCAAGUCUACGUCGAUCAAAUGGACGUUAAUGUGGUGGCUGUGACUCGCCAUUCGCCGGAUAAUCAUCAAACUGUCAUAUUGGUGGCGCACACAAGUUUCCAAAAUCCUGAACCCAAUGCCGGUCCAUCGAAUGUUAGGCCGUUGGUGUUCGAAGGGGAUUUGGAGGAAAUUAUUUUUGAAGCCGAACUGACGCACAAGUGCUUUUCUGUCUGCAAUUUUUUCAGUAGCUCUGGAAAACCGUUCGAUCGUCCGUACAAUUUCGAAAAAAAUCCGAAAUUCAUCAACGGCCUCACCGAAUACGAACUGAAGAUCAGCGAACACAUACCGCUGGUCCAAUCGAAUAUCUUCAAGCACACGGCCGUUAAAGACGGAAAUGUGACGAAAUUGGAAUUCGGAAAUUUACGACCCGGAAGUGUAAUAGCUGUUCGUGUUCGUCCGCACCAGCACGUCAUUCCGCACUUUGCCAACUUGGACGAUUUGGUGCGCAGUUUUAUGAGCAAACAGUUCGGCACCCGGGCCAACGAAUUGAAGACAAUUGUCUCGAAAUUGGAUUUGAAUGACUUGAACAAGGCCAUUUACUGCUGCGAUCAGGAGGAACGUGAUGCUGGCAACGGUGGAGUGUACAACAUUCCCGGUUAUGGUCCGUUGGUGUACAGUGGAUCGCAAGGAUUCAAUUCGUUGCUGUCGGUCAUUGGACCGAACAACGAUUUGGGUCAUCCGAUUUGUUGUAAUUUGCGUGAGGGCAAUUGGAUGAUUGAUUACAUACACGAACGGCUGAAUAAGUACCCAGGCACAGUCGAAUUGGCGAAAUGGAUCGAUGUGAAUACCAAGUCGCUGAAAGAAAUUCCAAGAUAUCUGAUUCCCAGUUACUUUGACGUCAUCUACACCGGAAUCCAUGACUUGUUAAUCGGCCAAAGUCACAACCUGAUGUCUGAAUUCAUUAAAAAUGGCAGUGGAUUCGAAAAGUAUCUUGCGCUCGGUUCACUUCAAUUCGUAGCAGUAAGCCCAUCAUGCGAUCUACCGAAAUUGAGUCCAAAAACUAGUCCACCACUGCCUCCAUCCAGAUGUUCGACAAUAUCGGCCGGUUUGCCACACUUUUCAACGGGAUAUAUGCGCACUUGGGGUCGCGACACAUUCAUUUCCUUGCGUGGACUUCUGAUUUUGACGGGACGAUACGACGAGGCCAGAUAUCAUAUCUUGGGAUUCGGAUCUUGUUUACGGCACGGACUGAUGCCCAACUUAUUGGAUAAUGGCACAACGCCGAGAUUCAAUUGCCGUGACGCCAUUUGGUGGUGGAUGCAUAGCAUUAAGCAGUACGUCACCGAAGUGCCGAAUGGACAGGCGAUUUUGACGGAAUCGGUUUCUCGAAUCUUUCCCACAGAUGAUUCGGAGCAUCGAAAUGCCGGCGAAGUGGAUCAACCACUAUUCGACAUAAUGCAAGAGGCCCUGACAACGCACUUCCAAGGACUGAUAUUCCGUGAACGGAACGCUGGCAAAGCUAUUGACGAGCAUAUGCUCGAUGGGGGUUUCAACAAUCAAAUCGGUAUCCAUCCGACGACUGGUUUCGUGUUCGGCGGAAAUGUACUGAACUGUGGCACUUGGAUGGACAAGAUGGGCUCGUCGGAACGGGCUGGCAACAAAGGUAUUCCCAGUACGCCACGUGAUGGUUCGGCUGUGGAAUUGGUAGGAUUACAAAUGGCUGUGCUGAGAUUUAUGGACGAUUUGGGGAAGAGAAAACUCAUUCCGUACCAGUCGGUUGAACGAACUGGUAAAAAUGGUGAGAAAACCACAUGGACGUACGAACAUUGGGCCAAUUUGAUAGCGGACAAUUUCGAGACGAAUUUCUUUGUGUCGAACCAGUGCACCGAUCCAUUGGUGAACAAGAGAGGAAUUUACAAAGACUCGCUGGGAGCAUCGAAAGCAUGGGCCGACUUUCAAUUACGCUGCAAUUUUCCAAUAGCAAUGGUGGUGGCACCCGAACUGUUCGACCCGAAUCACGCUUGGCAAGCACUCGAAUUGGCGAAGAAACAUCUCGUCGGACCGCUCGGAAUGAAAACACUGGAUCCGGACGAUUUUGAGUAUCGCGGUUUCUAUGACAACAGCAAUGACUCGGACGAUCCGCACGUUUCGCAUGGAUCAAACUACCAUCAAGGACCGGAAUGGCUGUGGCCCAUCGGCUUCUAUCUACGAGCUCGAUUAAUAUUCGCCAAAAAAACGAAUCGUCUGCCGGAAACGGUUGCCGAAACAUGGUCCAUACUGACGAAACAUUUGCAUGAAAUUCAAACGUCACCGUGGCGUGGACUGCCGGAAUUGACCAACGAGAAUGGAUCGUACUGUGUGGACUCGUGUCGAACCCAGGCAUGGAGCAUGGCAACAAUACUUGAGGUUGUGAAGGACCUUAAGCAGAUCGAUUCAUACAAGUAAAAAAGUGCAGUUGGUGUCCGGGCGAUUUUUAAAAUGAACGGAAAUCCAAAAUACUCAUAGUUGCCGUUGUGCGCAUCGUUAAUUUUAAAAUAUUUUUUUUUUCGUUUUUUGUUAAUUGUGUUUUUUUCGUAUGCAUUUUUAGAGGGAAGAGAAAUGUUGCUUGUUCGAACCGGACUAAUUGUUGAAUUAAUAAAAGUUUUAAAUGUACAGCCA